AGAAUCGCCGAACUCUCAAACGAGAAAAAAAACGAUCAUCAUAUUCAUCCAAAAAAGCAAGAAAUCAAAACUGUAAUCUCCUCUGAUACUCUACUUUUUCACGUAUAGAAAUCUGCAUUGAUUGAGGAUUAGAUUCUUCUUCUCUAAUUUUCACUACUCUCCCACCACGAUCUGAAGCGGAUAUAUAUAGAUACCAUGUCAAAGGGUGAAAUGGCUAAUUCAGAUCUCUCAAUGAUCCUUCCAAGAGUUCUCAUCGUCUCCCGUCGAACCGUUCGCAAGAAUAAGUUUGUAGAUUUUGUUGGAGAAUAUCAUCUAGAUUUAAUUGUAAGUUAUGGGGCGGUGCCAGUUAUAGUCCCAAGGGUAAGUGGAGUCCACAUGCUAUUGGAGAGCUUUGAGCCUAUUCAUGGUGUUUUACUGUGCGAAGGUGAAGAUAUCGAUCCAUCUCAUUACGAUGCAGAACUAUCUGGUUUUUCACCAGAAGAACUUGAAGAGAUUAGAAAAGUCCAUGUAAGUGAUACUUCCAUUGACAGGGAGAAAGAUACAAUUGAAUUAAGGCUUGCAAAGCUUUGCCUUGAAAGAAAUAUACCAUACCUAGGAAUAUGCAGGGGAUCCCAAGUCCUUAAUGUUGCUUGUGGAGGUACACUUUAUCAGGAUGUUGAGAAAGAGCUCUCAAAGAAAGUCCCUGAAGAACAAAGAGUGGUGCACAUGGACUAUGAGAAUUAUGACGGACACCGGCAUGUGGUAAAGGUAUUGGAAAACACUCCUUUGCAUCAGUGGUUUAAAGAUUCUUUGGAGGAAGAUAAAAUGGAAAUCAUGGUUAAUAGCUAUCACCACCAAGGUGUGAGGAAAUUGGCUCAAAGAUUUGUUCCAAUGGCUUUUGCUCCUGAUGGAUUGAUUGAAGGGUUUUAUGAUCCUGAUGCAUACAAUCCUGAAGAGGGAAAGUUCAUUAUGGGUCUUCAAUUUCAUCCAGAAAGGAUGAGGAACGAAGACUCCGAUGAUUUUGACUACCCUGGAUGUCCAUCUGCAUAUAAGGAAUUUGCUAAGGCAGUUAUCGCUUACGAGAAGAAGCUUAAUCGGUCAGAAUGCGUGCUGGAAGCUCCUAAACUUAAUCAAGAACUGGAGAGAAAAAGAAGAAUACUUGUCAGAAGUUUCUCAAUUGCAAGAAACAUGUACAGCUCAGGAGGUGGAACUGGUCAAGAAUCAGAUCUGCAAGUUGGAGCAGAAUUUCUAGAGGCAAGUACUGCGCUAAGCUUGCAGCAAGAGAAGAGACUGAAACAAAUGGGUGCAACAGUGAGAAAUGCGUCUGUGUACAAAGAAAGGUUGACUAUGAAUGAGGAGAGGGAGAGACUUGCAAGGGCUAUCAUGGGUAAAAUGUCGAUCAGCCAGUUAUCCGAUCUGAUAUCCUUCUAUCAUAUGAUGGGAAACUUAUGUUCAGAGGCCUUGGAGAGAAAGCUUCAAGACCGAGUGGAUGAAGAAUCUGAUUUCUAGAGAACACACUCUGCUUUUGUAAAACUGUUGUCUCUCUUGAGUUAUUUCUUCCCUUCUUCAAUAAAGUCUUGAUGUUUCUCCCCUC